CAUACGAUUCCGUAACAAUUUACCUUUAAAAAUUAAUAUCGUGUUUAAGUUUACAUGCAAAGUAUACGAGAAAGCAGUGACAACAAGUGACAAUAAUUAGAAGAUAUCAAAAGUUUUUAUGUUCAAGUGUAAAGAUGUUACUUAUGAAAAUAUUCAUUUUUUUAAUUGUGGUUUAUUUCAACGAAGCCGAAGAUUGUGUAAAGUUAAAUGUAACGAUUAACAAUACCAUGACUACAAUGCAGUAUAUUGUGUUCGGUGAAUUUAAUUAUACGACGGCUGAAAAGAAGUGUCUGAAAUGUAAUGGACACCUUUUCCAUGUUUAUACUAAAGAGAAGAUGAUGCGUUUAAGAGGUCAUAUCGAUGUUAGUAAGAAGUAUUGGAUUGGUUAUGAACGAAGGACUGAACCCGUCUGGACCUACCCUGAAUACGGUUAUUAUCCGAAGGUCUUGAAUUACACUAAUUUAACUAGUGAUAAUCCAGAUGAGAAGACACGCAAAUGUAUUGAGUUUGAUUUUCAAGUAAAGUGGGAAGAACCUUUAGCGAAGUGCUAUAUACUCUGUGAAAUAGAAACGAAGUUGUUUCUAUACAAAGUUACAGCCCACCCAAAUUUAAUAUGUAAUAAAAUAUAUUGUUACGAGAAAGUGCAAAUUGGUUAUUCCACUCAACGGUUGGUAUCUUGUAACGACAAAUCUAAAUCCCUUGAAGUCGAAUCUGGUGCAGAAUACCAGUUUCUCAAAGAAAAUAUGGAAGGUUUCAGUUACAUAGCUGCGAAUACAAAGACUAACACCCCAAUCUGUAAGAGGAAUGUCAUAUAUGAAAUGAAAUACGUUGUGACCACUGAAGCAAUACAAGACAUAACGAUACAAGAAACGAGCGAAACAGCCAAGACCAUUACCACCACAAGUUUAACUACUAAAACCGACGAGUCCACCUAUAGUUCAGCUACAACAAGUCAAGUAUCAACUGCUCUUCCAUCCGACGCUGAAGAUCAGAAUCACUAUACUUCAGCAAUGACAAGAAAAUUUGAAUUAAACAAUGUACAAGAGAAGAAAUCAGUGGUUGUUAGAAGUAGAAUAGAAUGUGCUGCAUUUGCUCUCCGUGAAAAAUCAACUUCAAUCAUAUACAACAAAGAUAGUAAAAUAUGUACCAUCUACGAUGAAAGCAGUAGUAACAAUAUUCAAUGUCAGAAUAAUAAGUGGUGUUACUCUUUCAUUUAAGAAACCAUUGGGAUUGUUAUGGUGUAUAUUGCAGUUAAUGAUAUUUCACCAAACAUUAGUCGAAACAUACAGUGAAUUAACUUCACUAAGGUAUUCAAAGUGUUUCGCGAGCAGUAGAAUUUUCAUGUGGUAAUUGAUGAAUAUGUCUUUGUGGCCUCUUUGAUUAACUUACCCAUUGCCAAGAAUAAUUUGGUUCAUUCUCUUAAUAAGACAGGUUUCAAGAUUAAACUAUUUCCCUUUCCGAACGUCGGUAACAUCUUUAAAACUUUAAAUGGGUAAGGUUGCGUUGUUUACUUCACCCUUAUUAUUAAUAUGAUAUCAUGUUUUUACUUCAAAGCACUGAUCCGCAAUUAUAAAAUCAAAUAAACUAUAAAUAU